UGAUACUGCGCUGCCUUAUUUAGCAAAUAAAGCUAUUUGUGAUCGUCGUAAAAAAUUACAAAAUGUCACAAUUUUUAGUUUUCUGGUUUUAUCAAGAAAAACUUCCGUUAAUCCAGUUUUAUUGAGAUUAAACUAUUGUUUUGACAGGACGUUUUGCCUGGAAGUCCAAGCUCGGGGAACUCUACGUGCGUUCACGAAAGGCCAACCGUGUCCGGGUGGCAAAACAAACAGCUGAGAGAACUGGAGAACCGAGAACCGAGGAGGGGCUCAAAUUUAUUUUUACCUGCUCAACAACUAGCUUCCCUUAUCAUGUAACCUUAUCACUACCCAGCUGAUAAAAGAAUCACCGGGUUUAAGCUAAAGUUGCGUCUCCUCCGCCGCCAUGGCUGCUGCAGCAGUUGUAAGAGGUUCUGCCACUGUGCCUAUUCGAGGACCCGGCGAUGGCAUGGAAACCGAAAAACCACCUGCCACACUGGAGGUCAUCACUGACGCCUCGCCACCGUUUUUAUCUGAAGCGCCUCUCCUUAAAGUGGCAUGCCCAAAGCACAGCCCAAAAUCGCCACAUGUCACAGCCCACGCUACCCCACAGCCUCUCGGCGUGCUUCACCUAGGCAAAGUGAAUAGAGAGGCGUGUACAGAAGUGGAAGCCGUGAGGAUCAUUGUGCCCAGAGCUGCUAUCAUCCGGAGUGCCCGGGCGGGACCCACUGAAGGGAAAGGCGAGGCAGGACAGCAGGCCGAGGAGCAGGGCUCUCCUCCACUUGUGGAGGACUGGAGAGGACAGCUAGAGAAGCUGCAGAACUCUGAACGCCGGCUCCUGCAAGACAAAGAGGGCCUUUCGAAUCAACUCCAUGUGCAGACAGAGGUAAACCGCGAACUGAAGAAGCUGUUGGUAGCCUCGGUAGGUGAUGACCUUGAGUACCAGUUUGAGCGUCUUGCACGAGAGAAAAACCAGCUCAUUCUGGAGAACGAGGCUUUAGGCCGAAGCCUUUCACACACCGCGGAGCAGCUGGAACGUAUGAGUAUCCAGUGUGACGUCUGGAGGAGCAAGUUCCUCGCCAGCAGAGUCAUGGCAGAGGAACUGACAAACGCCAGAGCCGCUCUGCAGAGGCAGAUCAGAGAGGCCCAAGGAGCGAUUCAGGACCUGCUGUUGGAGCGAGAUGAGUUUUCCAGGGACAUGGUGCUCAGUCACAGGUCCCUGGAGCAGCUCCUGGUGUCUUUGCAGUGGGGCAGACAGCAGACUUAUUAUCCCAGUGCUCAGCCUCUCAGCGUCGGAGAGCUGGCUGCAGCCAAUCACAAGCUAGCAGAUGCCAUUAACUCUCAUCUGUUGGGUAAAAACAACGCUAACAGCACCGUGUCGAAGGGCAGUAGUGCACCAGCCGAACAUCUCUGCAGCACACCAGCAGAGAAGAUGGCUGAGAAGGUGUUGAAGGUUUUGAAUCCAAUCUCUUGUUCAGAAAACAAGGCAGAACCUUCACUCAGUGACUCCACCUCCCCAAACUUUCUGAGCAGCAAGAAGAGCAUCGGCAGGUUUCACCCUUACACCCGCUACGAGAACAUAACCUUCAACUGCUGCGAACGCUGCACUGGGGACAUCAUAGUUCUAUAGGUCAUCCUCAUUUGACACAAGGAGUACUAGUUUUUGUUCUUUUUUUUUGUAUUUAAAAAAAAUAAAAGAUGGCAGACUGGA